CCUUCACACCAUCACAGCCUUCUUCCCGCCGCCUCUCAGCUCCAGCACCGCGGCUCGGCUCCCUCUACCCAGAGCCAAAGAAUCAAGGCUGUUUGAAGCUCGAGAUCACGCGCGUUUCAUUCAGCCCCUCUGGUGGUGGUAGCCAGGCCGAGACAGUCACCGGGCGGAAGGAGCGGAAGGACUGAAGCCUCAGCGGGCCGGCGAUCUACUACUAUGAGGAACGGCAGCACCGUGUGCGACGCGGCGGCGGCUGUGGGGCUGGGCGUGGCGCCGCGGUACAGGGGGGUGCGGAAGCGGCCGUGGGGCAGGUUCGCGGCGGAGAUCCGGGACCCGGCCAAGCGGGCGCGGGUCUGGCUCGGCACCUACGACUCCGCCGAGGCCGCCGCGCGGGCCUACGACGUCGCCGCGCGCACCCUCCGCGGCCCGCUCGCCACCACCAACUUUCCCCAGGACCCCGUCUCCUUCCCCACGCUCCCCACGCUCCCGCAUCCGUCUCGACCGGCUUCCCCCGGCCCAGCCUGCAGCGCCAGCUCCACCGUCGAGUCCUACAGCGGGCCCAGAGCCGCGAACGCGCCUCGGGCCGUCCCGCGCGUGUCAGCGCCGGCACCUUUGCUGGCGGAGCGCUCCGGCGGCGACGCAGGAUGCCAGAGCGACUGCGCCUCGUCGGCCUCCGUCGUGGACGACGGCGGCGACGAGGCCGCCUCGGCCGCCGUCCGGCCUCGCGCGCCCUUCGUGUUCGACCUCAACCUCCCGCCGCCGUCGGACGAGCUGUGCACCGAGCUACGGCUCUUCUAGGAUACACCGGACCCGGGUCGCCGGACGAGCUGCGCACCAAAGCUAGCGAUUUUUUAUUUUUCUUCUAUUCUUUUUCCUCCUGAUUAUUAGAUUAGACAGAUGAUGCUGUGUGCAAGAGCGAUUGUACCACCACCACUACUAUUCUUUACGCGAUAAGAAUUGCGGUUGAUUUGAUUGA